AUGGAGCGGGUCUUCUCCCUGAGCGCCCUGGACGCCCUGCUGCAGGACCCUCUGGAGAAGGCGGACUUGCGCUCGCACCUGCAGUCGGAGCAGCUGGACAAGCGGCCCAAGUACACCUCCCGGAACUUGGACACGCCGAUUGUCGUAGUCUCUUCGGAGGUGAACCCCUGGUCCAAGACCGGGGGCUUGGCCAUGGUGGCGGGCAGUUACGGCUACGAGUUCGCCAUGCGGGGCCAUCGGACUAUGGUCGUCUCGCCCCGCUACGGCGACUACAAGGACGCCGUCUACGUCGGCUACGCCAAGAUCUGGCUCGACGGCCGCGAGCACGAGGUCCGGUUCUUCCACUUGUACCAGGAUUUGGGGGAGGGCAAAGGGACGGACUAUAUCUUCGUGGAGCACGAGAGCUACCACCGAGGAGGUCUCUACUGCGACCGGGACGGGAAGGAGUACGUGGACAACUUGUUCCGCUAUGCCUUGCUCACCGUCGCUGCCAUGGAAGCACCCUUGGUGCUCACGCUGAGGGGCUCAACCUAUGGCCAGAACGUGCUUUUCAUUGCAAACGACUGGCAGACGGGAUUGCUGCCUGUCUACCACCUCUACAAGUAUCGCCGGAACCGCACCUACCUCAACUCCCGCUGCGUCUUCGUCAUUCACAACAUCGGCUACCAGGGCAAGUACCGGCUCAGCAAAUUCCCCCUGGACAGCUAUCUGGGGCUUCCGCCGGAGGCCAUUGACUUGUUGCAGGGUGAGGAUCUGAAUUUGGGUGUGGACUGCAUGAACCUGAUGUCCGCCGCCAUCUUGGCAUCCGACCGA